ACGCGUCAACAGGCAAACGGGAGCGUGUGUUCAUGCGUGCACACCUUACUAUACACACCUCAACAAGCGCUCUUUCACCUGACUCCUCUCCUCUCACUAUAUGGACUAGGAGCUUUCAGACAAGUGAAUGGCAGGAGAUAAAAAUGCAGCGUUUAUGGAGUUGUAUUACUGAGGGACACAGUGCCUGGAGGCGCUGCAGUGUUUAGCGUGGAGGAAUCCCGUCGGACUGUCUCCAUGCAGAUGACCAGUGAUGGCCACGUCGGCCGACCCCACAGAGGAAUCAGUUGAUGAAGUGGUGAGUGAGCACAUUUUUAACGCCCUGGAGAGGAUCGUUUUGACCUUCUUCCUGGCAUCUAUUAUCAUUAUGACUGUCCUUGGUAACCUACUGGUGAUGGUGGCUCUGUCAAGGGACAGGCAGCUGAGGAAGAAGAAGACCAACUACUUCAUUGUCUCCCUGGCGUUCGCAGACCUCCUGGUGGCUCUUUUAGUGAUGCCGUUUGCGGCGAUAGAGCUCACCACAGGCCACUGGAGUUACGGAGAGACAUUCUGCCUGGUGCGCACCUCGCUGGAUGUACUGCUCACCACUGCGUCCAUACUGCACCUGUGCUGCAUUGCCCUGGACAGGUACUAUGCAAUCUGCUGCCAGCCACUGGUCUACAGGAACAAGAUGACGCCUGUGAGAGUGUCUCUGAUGCUGGGGGGGUGUUGGGUUAUCCCCUUGUUCAUCUCCUUCCUCCCCAUCAUGCAGAACUGGAAUGCCAUUGGCAUCGAGGACAUUAUUGAGGAGAGGAAGCUCACCCAGGGCUUAAACAGGACAUCCUGCAUAUUCAUGGUGAACAGACCAUACGCUCUCAUCUGUUCAGCUGUGGCCUUCUACGUGCCUCUGGGCCUGAUGAUCCUCGCCUACCAGCGCAUCUAUGUGACAGCUAUGGAGCAUGCUCGGCAGAUCCGGAUACUGCGGCGUGCCGGAUCCACUCCCAUACCCUCUUACUACAGUCACGAACACCCCGGCUCCAGCCGCAUGAAGAUCGAGACCAAAGCGGCCAAGACGCUGGCAGUCAUUAUGGGCUGCUUCUGCCUGUGCUGGGCACCAUUCUUCAUCACUAACGUGCUGGACCCGUUCAUCCAGUACAGCGUGCCGUGGCAGAUGUGGACCACAUGGCUGUGGCUGGGAUACAUUAACUCGGGCUUAAACCCAUUCCUCUAUGCCUUUCUGAACCGGGCUUUUCGCAGAGCCUUCCUCAUGAUCCUGUGCUGUGGGGACAUGCGCUAUGCCCGCCAGGGGAGCUUUAGCCCGAGCAGAGCUUGCUCGGCAACUGUAAACGGAACAUCCAUUGCGCUCAGGUUGUCAUUUCUUCCAAACGGAAGCUGCAGUGACAACGGCAAGCGAAUGCUUACUAGUGAACAGGAAUCUCUGGAUUCUGCUGGUGUCUUCUAACAAAGACAUUACAAAGAUAUAGAUGGCAGCAACCUGUUACUACAAACCAGCAUCAGCUCACAGGUGGAAGACAUGGCUUCUUCAGAUAAUCCAGAGAGGCUCCAGUGCUAUAAUACUCUGGGAUUUUUACCUUUUUUUGACAAACCCGGAGUUGAAUCACUACAAUGAACCUUGCAAACGAGCAUCUCACAGACUUUGCUCAGGUCAUGGUAAAGGUUAAGCCAAGCACAACAGCACAUGAGAGAUGAUUAGCCAUGAAAUUUGAGUGAAACUAAUUAGACAAAUGGAAAAAAGAAAACAGUGGACGCUACAUAGAAAAAUCCAUAGCUGGCCUCCUCCUUGACCAAAUGUCAUUUCAAAUCGGCCAUGAGGAGCACUGACCUCCCAGUUUCUCAUUUAUGGAGCGGACACUGCCAGACUGAAAUUGUUGGGAAGUGAAUUUCUCAUGGUCCAGUAUCAGCGUGAGCCAAGUGGCUUUCUCUGAGGUUACUUAAAAAGAAAAAUGUACACAAUUUUCCUCAUACCCCAAACAUAGGCCUUUUAGUGUCGAUAAAUUAAUAAUCCAUUUUGUACGAUGCUAAACAUCGCAUCAUUGAGUUUCCUUCAGCUACAUCAGGCUGCUUUCACACACAAAAACCGCUGUUCACGUAGUGUGCACACUGUAACCAUGACAACGCUCUUCCAUCCUAGCUAGAAUCAGCGGUUGAGAAAACACACACAGCUUUAGUCUUCUGGCUCCAGUGAGAAAUUAAAUUUUGGACAUCAAACAUGUCUUAACCCCACACUGGGUAAGAGGAACAGUGCGUACAUUUAUAUUGCGGCUGAACUGUUCUUUUAAAGCAAUUUUUUUCUCUCCAUCAACGUGCUGAAGAUCAGCCUGUGGUAGAUCCAUUUAUCUCCUGAAAAAGCAAAAUGGACUGCUCUAUUUAUUUUUGUGUACAGUUUUGGCUUCAGAAAUAAGGAGCAAUGACAUUUGUCACCAUGUGACAUUUCUUAUUGUACCUUCUUGUAUUCUCUGAUACGAUUUUGUGUGUUGAAAUAGUGUUUAAAAUGUACCUGUGGGAGAAGUGUAGAAGUUAAAAAAAAACAAACAAAAAAAACCCACCCAACGUGUGCUCAGUAUUGUAUCCAUUAAAAAAAUUCAACUGCAGCAAACAUUCUUUACACAAAAGAAAAGAAAACGCUAAUACGUCGUUUAUCUUCACAUUAUGCAAUCGGGAAGAAUAUUCAGAGAUGAUGGCUUAAUGAAAAUUGGUUAAUUACUUAAAAUGCUGCAUGAUACCCUGAAAGCACAAAAGUGCCAAAAUUAUUAUACCAUUGUGUUUAAGUGAAUCAGUUACACAUGAAGAAAAAGGUUGACUAAGAAAAAUGCAAACCACAUUACAAGGAUCCGAAGCGACGGCACCCACUCACGAAAGAAAGAACAUUUGUACUCUGACAGUCUCACUCGGCUUUAAGCAGUCAAGUGUGGUGUAAACGUUAACAGAUUUAAACAAUGCAGAGCAUCUCACAGGUAAUGUAUUAAAAAAAAUUUUUUAAGUUAUUAUUUUUUUUUAAGUAUUCACAAGAACUCCAAUUAAAAACAUAUUUAAUUAUUAAUAUGGUUUUCUGUAAGCAGAUGUUUAUGGAAGUAGUCUCCAGCCGAAGCUCUUUAUAACAGGAUUUCAGGAUACUUUAAGGCUUCUUGCCAUUCCUGUCAUAGCUGCUUUUAUAGACAGUAAUAAACACUGAUUCUUGUUGGAAAAGGAAGGAAGGAGAAGGAAUGAAGGGAGAGAGAGGGAGGAAGGAAAAUUCUCUUUUUUGGUGCACGCAAACAUCAAUUGGAAAUCACUCGCUGCUGCCAGGGAUGGCUAAAAACAUGGCUAAACCAUGAAGAUGGCUUUGGACCACACUUCAUAUGAACAGUUUUCUAUGAUAGCUUUAGGACUACAAUCGCCAAGAACAAUUGUUUUGCACUCAAGUCUCCAUCAGUGAACAGCGGAUAAGUUCAACAAAAUAGACUUCAUGUGAAAACUGCAAUCAAUUUCCUGGAUACAAAAUGGCAUUUUUUGACCAUGUAGUACAGAGUUACAGAAGGGAAUUAUUUAUAAUUGCACUAUCCGGUGUUACCCAGAUGAGGAUGGGUUCCCUUUUUGAGUCUGGAUCCUCUCAAGGUUUCUUCCUCAUAUCAUAUGUUUUUCCCCUUGCAACAGUCACCUCUGGCUUGUUCAUUAUGGAUAAAUUUACAACUCCGAUUCCAAAAAAGUUGGGACAGUAUGGAAAAUGCUAACAAAAACAAAAGAGGAGUGAUUUGAAAAUGUACUUUAUACAUUUUUUUGUUUAAAUAAAAGUCAAAGACAUGGUACUUGAUGUUUUACCUAUUCAAUUGCGUAGGUUUUUUUGGAAGGUAAACGUUAAGUUUGAACUUGAUACAUGAAAGACGUUCCAAAAAAAGUUGGGACAGGGGAAAUUUAGGACUAAUAAGCAAUGUAACAUGUUCAAAUAAGAAGGUGGUGUGAAACAGGUGAGGCGAUCGUCUAAUUAUAGUAUAUAAGGAGCCUCCAAAAAAAGGCCUAGUCCUUCAAGAGCAAGGAUGGGUCGAGGCUUGCCGAUCUGCCAUCAGAUGAGUCAAUGAAUAAUCCAAGACUUUGAGAAGAACAUCUCCCAAAGACAAACCGGUAGGAUUUUGGGCAUUUCACCUUCUACAGUGCACGAUAUAAUUAAAAGAUUCAAGGAACCCGGUCAAAUCUCGGUGCGUAAAGGGCAAGGCCGAAAACCACUUCUGAAUGUGUGUGAUCUCCGAUCCCUCAGACAUCACUGUCUUACAUACCAUCUUGAGUCUGUAAUGGAGAUCCUGACAUGGACUCGAGAAUUUUUUUGGUAAACCUUUGUCACUUGACACCAUUCACCACUUCAUCCACAGUUUAGGCUUUACUAUGCAAAGCAGAAGCCACACAACACCACUGUCCAGAAGCGCCACCCACUUCUCUGGGCUCGGUCUCAUCUGAGACGGACAGUGGCACAGUGGAAUCGUGUUCUGUGGUCCUAUGAGUCGACAUUUCAAAUAGUUUUUGGACAAAACAGCCAUUAUGUUCUCUCAGCAAAAGAGGAAAAGGACCAUCCAAGCUGUUCUCAGCAUCAGGUCCAAAAACAAGCGUCUGUCAUGGUAUGGGGGUGCGUCAGUGCCCAUGGCAUGGGUAACUUGCACAUCUGUGAGGGUAGCAUUAAUGCAGAAGGAUAUGUACACAUGCACUUGCACUGCCAUCCAGAGCAGGACAACGCCAAACCACAUUCUGCCCUGAUUACAAGCUCAUGGUAGCGUAAACACAGAUGGAUGGAUGAGGGAAAUUUUUGCUUAAACUUAACCAACUUGUGUCUUCACUCAGCGCCCAAACGCUCAAGUAUUAUUAAAAGAAAAGGUGAUGUUACACAGUAGUAAACAAUCGACUGUACAAAUAUUUUUAGUGUGUCUUGCAGUCAUCAGAAAUUAGUGUACAUUUUCAAAAAUAAAUUAAACUCAAAGUAAAAACCAUCAAAUAACGUGUGAAUGCGUUUUCAAUAUAGUACUGUACGGGGUGAAUUGAAUUUUUUUUUUUGCAUUUUCCAUACUGUCCCAACUUUUUCAGAACUGGGGUUGUACAAAUUUAAACUUUAUAUCCUGAAUUUAUAUUUUUCUGUAAGGUUGUUGUGAAUGUACAUAUACAAAUAAAAUUGAAUUGAAUAGAGAACAAGCAGUAAGUGGCAACAGUUCAAACAGCCCUGAGUUUUUAGUAGCAUUGGGUUGUGGAAACAGUUCUAU